GGAUUACCUGUGUAACAUGCGCACGCAUGUAAAGUGUAACACGUGCGAAUAAAAACCGAGUCAACGCCAUCUUGUUUGUGUUAGUCAUUCUAGUAAAUACAUGACAAUUUUGGCGACGAGGACGGGAUAACUAGGAUUUUUUUUCGAAGAAAAAAAACACAUCCUAAUCCUUAUUAGACAUGCCAGACGAGAACGAAGUGCCAAGAGUCUCAAACAUCGGUAGAGUACAAAAGUUUGUGUUUGGAAACGACUUUGAAGCGUACGCCGAGCAACUUGACUUUUUCUUCGUGGCGAAUGGCGUCUCGGACGCAAAGMAAAAGAAAGCUGUACUUCUGACUAACCUCCCAGCGGAGACAUACCAACUUGUGAAGGACCUGGUGGCACCGAGUGAGUUGAAAGAGGACACUGUCACGUACCAGAAUAUCGUGGAAAAGCUUCAACAGCAACUAAAACCUCAAAAGUCACCGUUAGUAGCAAGGUAUGAGUUUGAUAACCGAUCAAGAAAGCCAGGAGAAACGGUGAGUGAAUACAUUGCCGUUUUAAAACACCUGGCCACUGAAUGUAAAUUCAACGAGACGAUGCGUUUGGAACGUUUAAGAGAUAGAUUAGUCUCAGGAGUACGUGAUAGAAAAAUGAUGGCAGACUUAUUAAAGACAAAACUAGAGGAACUGACAUUUGAUAUAGCCGUUGCAAAGUGCCUUGCAAUAGAGAGAUCAUAUCAUGAUGUCGAAACCAUGCAGGGGGGGAAAGAGCCAAACCCGAACCCAAAUCCUGUACAUAAAGUUGACAAAGCGGCAAAAGGUAGCAGAAAACAUGCACAUAAGCCCAAAACGGAUAAAAGGGAAAACAAGUCACAAAAUUGUUAUCGUUGCCAUGGUAACCAUGAUCACAAAACUUGCCCAUUUAAAAAAGAAGAGUGUCAUUACUGUAAGAAGAAAGGUCAUAUUAAGCGUGCAUGUAAGAAGUUUCAGAAAGAAACACAGGGUUCCCAACCCCAAGUCAAUGCUAUAGAUAGUGAUGACAGCGAUGAUUUUUUAAGUAGCCUAGAAAUCCAUAAAGUGGGUAACAAAGAUAACGUCAUUUGGGUCACCCCUAACAUUGACGGAAAACCGCUAAAAAUGGAACUCGACACAGGUUCUGCUGUUUCAACUAUCCCUUAUAAGAAGUAUAAGGAACAGAUUAGCCAUGCUAAAUUACAAGAGAGUGAGAUUACCCUGAAAACCUAUACAGGGGAGAAAAUAGUACCCAAGGGAAAGAUUAACUGCAAGGUUAACCUUAAGGGCCAGACAAAGCAUUUAGAUAUUCAAAUUGUGGAGACACCAGGACCAGCCCUCUUUGGCCGUGAUUGGCUUUCUGUUUUAAAGUUGGACUGGGGUGAAAUCAAAGCCCUUAAGUUAAGCCAAGCAACAGUCGAGCCCACCCAGGGUCGGGUAAAUAAGCUACUGGAACAGUAUAAAUCUGUUUUUGAUGAUGAUCUAGGUACCCUUAAAGGUCACAAAGCAAAUCUCAAGAUAAAGGAGAAUUCCCAACCGUGUUUUCACAAAGCACGCACGGUUGCUUACUCGGAUCGACCAAAGGUAGAAGCUGAGUUAAUCCGCCUGGAGAAAGAAGGUAUUCUCAGUCCAGUUGAACACAGUGAGUGGGCAACACCUAUAGUAGCCGUACCUAAACGUAAUGGAUCAGUACGCAUCUGCGGAGAUUUUAAGGUCUCUAUCAAUCCUGUGUUGAUAGCUGAACAGUAUCCUCUGCCGAGAAUCGAGGAUAUCUUUGCAAAUCUUGCUGGAGGCAAACACUUCAGUAAAAUUGAUUUGAGACAAGCUUACCAUCAGAUGGAAGUUACUGAGGAAUCAAAGAAGUAUUUGACCAUAAAUACUCCCAAGGGUCUCUACCAGUAUAACCGCCUAGUGUUCGGUAUAACAUCNCAAGUUUCGACUCUUCAGAUGUAUUCCACGCUACACAGUUUAGCCCACUUCCUGUCACCAGCGAAACGGUUGCUAAAGAAACCAAGCGUGAUCCGAUACUGUCCAGAGUCUACGAGUCUAUUAUGA